GCCGAGUGGUGUGCGGUCCAGCUCGCUCCGCCUUUACGCACCUUCUGGCCGCCCCGCUCGUUACCGUGCGCCACCCUGCGCGCACACAGCGCGCUCCGGAUCAGUGCGCAGCCGAUGUCCGCGCUGGAAACACGCGCUGUAACGUUUCUCCUCCACUCUCGGAUUCUACGAUCGUCUCUCAGCGUUUAACGCGUCGGCGGAAAGGGGCACAGCUCUUUUUUCUUCCUCUCUUUUGGGUUUUGUGGAUUUGAAGGAUGGAUGUAUGAAAAUGUUUUAAGAAGCGCACCGGGAAAAGUGGCUUCUCCGUCCUCCGGGACAUUUAAGGACGCUCGCUGUUUCUGUGCGUCUGGAUUACGUCUGAUUCCCACAACAUUUGGCGCAUUGUUAUGAAAUAUUUCCCGUCUGGAUCAGAUCGAGUUUGUAAGCGGAUCCAGCUCGGUGAAUCCACCGACUCCGAGAACUCUCUCCACGGUGCCUCCGCCUCUCUGCUGACCCCCUCUGACCCACUUCGGCAGGCGAAGCGGCUUCCGAUCCGAGUCGUCAAAAUGUUGACGGCGCACACUGGCCACUUGCUCCAUCCAGAAUAUUUACAGCCUCUAACGUCCGCACCAGUCAGCAUUGAGCUGGAUGCUAAGAAGAGUCCGCUGGCCCUGUUGGCUCAGACCUGCUCUCAGAUCGGAAAGCCGGACCCUCCGUCUUCCUCCAAGCUUGGCUCAUCCUGCAGCCAUGGGGACAAGGAGCCCAGCAGCCGGUCGACCACUUCCAGCCUAAAGCUGGGGGAGCACCGCCCCUCCACGGAGGAUAAAUCCAGCUUCAAGCCCUACAACAAAGGCAGCGGAGACUGUCGCAGGGACGGAGUCACCAGCAGCAGCUCCAGCAGUGAGAAAGUUGGAUUCAGGGUACCCAGCAGCAAUGCCGUUAAUGCUAAUGGGACUUCAAACAGCGGUCAGCAGCCCUACGCGCCCCACGUGGCUUCACCCAGCUCCAGAGGCAACAGCACGCCCCCAGGACAUGCCCAGCAGCAGCAUCACAAACAGAACCAGUCUCCAGGUGGACCACCCACCUCCUCACAGUCCCAGACACCAACUGGUGAGCCUGUGAAUGAGCAGGGCAGUCCCCCCAGCACAACCAGUCCCAAUAAUAAUAAUAACAACCCAAAAAAAGACGACUUGAACAAGGCCAGCUCAGAAAGUCCGCACCAUGCCAACUCCAGCCACGUUCGGGCCAGCACAAACUGCAGCAACAGCAGCUCGGACAGCGGCUCCAACCCUGAUGGAGGCAAACCCGAGGCCACCCCGCCCAACCUCGGCCCUGGACACAUUACGCCCAUUUCUCCCUAUAAGACCAGCCAGCCACUCUUCCCCCUGCCCUCCUCUAACAUGGGCUACCACGGCUCCGUCAUGGGGGGCUACGCAGGAUACCCAUCGCAGUUUGUUCCCGGGUUGGACCCGUCCAAGUCGAGCCUCAGCAUGAGCGGCAUGGGAGGAAAACACCCCAGCUCCAGCCCUCUCACGGGUGCCUCCCCCCCGUCCUUCAUGCAGGGUUUAUGCAGGGACCCGUACUGCCUCAGCUACCCGGGGGUUUCCCAUCUCGGUGGAAGCAACUGCAACUCCUGCAUCCACGACCCGUCCCCAGCCCUCAAGUCCAGCUUCCCACUGGUGUAUCCCUCCCACCCGCUCCACUCCCUGUCGUCCAGUGUGUCUCCGUCCCUCUCUCACCCACUUUACACCUACGGCUUCAUGAUUCCCAAUGACCCUCUUCCUCACGCCUGCAACUGGGUGUCUGCUGCAGGGCCGUGCGACAAGCGUUUCACCACCUCGGACGAACUCCUGGCUCACCUUCGCACCCACACGGCUCUUCCGGUGGGGAUGGACAGUAAGCUAAUCUCCGUUUCCUCAUCUGGACCUGCUUCCUGCCACCUCCAUCUCCCCCACCAGAGCAGCCCAGGCUCCAUGCCCAGCUCUCUGUCUCUCAGGGCUCCCCCCAGCCUGGGUUUAGCUCGCUAUCACCCCUACAGUAAGGUCCAUCUCCCUUCCGGACCGUCCCCCAUCUCCCUGCACUCUCUGUCCACCACAGGUCCGUACUACCCUCCAUACGCCCUCUACAGCCAGAGACUCGGAUCUUCUAUUGGAUACCAGUAGAACUCCAUGUGCACAAGGAUGGUUUGACAUCUUUGGGAAUUAUUCACGUUUGUUUUGGAAAACUGUAAGCCUGAACCUGAAUCUGCAGCCACUUAGCGCCGCCUGACUCUACCAAACUCAUCUACCAGCAUCUAAAGUUUGUUUCAAAUAAAAACAAAUGGAACUUAGUUUGUGGUUUUCAUUUGGAGAUGCAUUUCUGUUCGACCAGCUUCGCCUCUAGCUCAGAAACAACCAGCUCAUCGCCUCUUUUUCUUCUCUUGAGCGGAUGUUUUUUUGUACUCGGCUCUUAACUGGCUGCAGGCUCGCGUUUGUUUAACGUAAAAAGUCUAACUGACAGAAAUGAUUUACUACGACUUGAAGUUUAUCCGUGGCAACUUCCUUUGACUUCAGACACAACGUGAGCGGAGCUGAGCGGAAUCGACCAAUUUUGCUUUCACUUUUAGGUCUAAGAUUUCUGAUCAGGUCUUGCUCCUGAGUUCAGACGAAGUGUGGAUCUUUUGCACACAGCCUGACUCUGAGCUGAUCUGCUGACCUUUGCCCUUCUGUAAAUGGAUGCUUGGAUCUGAUGGUUGAAGCCUCCUCGAUACUGAAGGCUGUUGUGAGUGACGGCGCCCCCUGACGCAUGUGAGCUCCAAACAGCAAACACACUUUACAGCCCCGUUACUUUGGAUGACACGUUGUGGUUCUCCUCUGCUUUUGCUCCACAGAGGAGGUGCGUUUAUUCACGGGGAUGUAUGGCUUUAAUUCUUACCGUAUAUCUUCCUGUUUUGGUCCUGGGAGCUAGAAAACAGGUGUUGAAAUGUGUCUUACAGCUUCUUCUUGGAUGAAUGUUUGAAACACAUCUCUGUCUCUCAGCGUUUUGGAUUGUUGUCCUUGUCGCAGCAGCUGACAGAAACUUGAGAUGUGAUAUUUUUUUGUAAUACUGGAACACCCUGUGGUGGGAGCCGCUGAAAUGGGGAGGUCAUAUUUUGGUAAAUAAAUCACACUGAAGAUGUGGA